CUCCGUUCGCCACAGCCCGCCCUUGGAGAAGAUGUAACCUCACCUCCUCAUCGUCUCGGCCAUACUGCAUGCCUUAUCCCAACUCCCCGAGGCAGAGUGAGCCUCAUGGCACCCUCGUUGCGUGUCAUUCAAUCUUUCGAUAACAGAUGCUGCUUUGCGUAGCAUGGCAUGGAGCCAGGGGUCAGCAUGCCACUCAGUCUGUACAGAUAGGCGCGUUGUACUACCACGUUCACCUGGCCUUUCACUGCAGCGUCGCACAGUCCGGGUGACUUUUACGAGCGGAACAUCAGCGUUGGAAGGAAGCAGAAGCUCUGGAGAAUCAUGUUCGCAUUCGGGACUUUUGUUGCAUCAUGUUGGCUCUCCAACUGUGACGUGGAUUCUUCAUCUGCAUACUCUGUCAAGUUCAUUUAGUUUGCAGGCAGACGCUGUGAAUCCCGAAUUUUCAAUCUUCGCCCAGCCCAGACACGCCCGAUCAUAUCACACGAAACUUCAUCAUGCGGCUAAUCAUUCGAGACGACGCUCAAGCUGCAUCCGAGUACAUUGCUGACUAUAUCAUUGAACGCAUCAAAGGAUUCAAUCCUACUGCUGACAGGCCAUUCGUGUUGGGUUUGCCAACUGGAAGCAGCCCAGUCUUGAUUUACCAAAACCUCGUUUGGCGCCACAAAGCUGGUGAAAUUUCAUUUCGUAAUGUGGUCACCUUCAAUAUGGACGAAUACGUUGGCAUCCUCGCGGGACCAUCCAGAAAGCUACCACAGUUUCAUGUACAAGCAUUUUCUUCUUCUCAUGGUCGACGUGA